CUCGUCAGUUUAACCGUUGCCGGCAUACGAGUCGACCGUUAUUACAUCACGGUUAUAGUUAGUACGCGCGCGCGUGUGUGUGUGUGUGUGUGUACCUAUAGGCAGAAAAAAAUAAUUAUAAUAGGUAAUACAAAUACUAGUGUUCCGACAGUCGCGCGAUGUUAUCCCGGGAAUAACGUGUUGUGUCGUUUUAAACCGGAAUACACGACGAUAUUGUCGAACGCGUUGUUGCCCUGUCUUUCUUUUUAAUUUAAAAAUUGUUUUUUUUUUUUUACGGUUUUUAUCACGUUUACCGAUUGAUUUGGGAAAUUUCGCGACCGUCCCGCCCAGAAAUGAAAAAAGCGUUUAAGUCUUCGGCGUUGGCGGCGCUCGUGCUGUUCUGCGUGACGGCCGACGCUUACCUGAGCUUCAGCGGUAACGACAAGACCGUAAUCGACACGCUCAUGACCACCAGCGAUUUGGAACAGAUCUACAGUUUGAUCGAACGUAAUCAAAUAGCCAACUCGACGAUGCACCUGAGAGGCGUUACAGUGUUCGCUCCUACUAACGCGGCGUUUGUGUCCAAACAAGAAGACGACGACGAAUACCUACCGUGUUAUCACAUAACGAACGUGCCUUUGAAGUUGGAAGACAUGGGAAGAUCGGUGUCCUCCGAGCUGGACGGCAAUCCGCCCAUUUGGGUGACGAAAAAAGGACCAGAAGAGAUUUACGUUAACCAAGCCAAAGUGGUGUACCAUUUGGCCAACUACGUGCACAACAACACCCUCGGAAAACCUCAAGUCUUGCACGUUAUCGACCAAGUGCUGCAACCGCUGAGAAUGAGAAAGAACAGCGGCGCAACCGUGUACAACCCAAACGCGUGGAAACUGAUGGAUGUGGCCGAAAACUUAGACUUGAACGGUUACCAUACCAACUCUUUCCGGUACCGAGUUUUGAGCUUAAACAAAUCGUCCGUGUUCGGAAUGCAAGGAGGCCACACGUUCUUCAUUCCCGUCGAUGAAGUGAACAACUACCCGAAAACAAAAUUCGAAAAAAUCGAUGCCAAAGUGGUGGACGCUCACGUGGUGCCAGACAACGUGUUGUUUUUGGGACCAACGACCGAAGGUGAACAAUUCAAGACUUUGGCUUUUACCGACAUGCUAAAAGUAGUCGAUUCCGUGUCCUCCGCCGAUGAAGGCGACAAGACCAAAUACUUUGUGAGCAGUGAUACCAUCUUCGGCGACGGAGUCCAUCCCACUGGAGCGGUUGUCGCUGAAAUCGUUAAAGCUAACAUUCCAGUGGAGAACGGCGUGGUUCAUUUGAUCAGCAGACCGUUGAUGGUAGUCGACAACAACGUUAAGCAGUUCGUUGAGGACAGAGACGAAAGCGUUUUGCACAGGUUCUACGAAGAAAUCAUGAACACCGGCGGUGAUUUCAUGGACGCGUUGGCCGCCAUGCCGAACGUGACGCUUUUCGCUCCAUCAAACGCAGCGUUCAACGACCCGUCCAUCCAAGCCUCUUUGACCAACCGUACUUACAUCAAGUCUCUGCUUAAACUGCACAUCGUCAACCGACGGCUGUCCGUCGACGAUAUCAUAUCCGAAUCUAUCGAAAAGCACUUGCAGAUACCCACCGAAGUACCGCGCAAGGACUUGUUCUUCAACGUAGUCGCCAACGGUAAAAAUCGCACUCUGACCGUGGAGGGCGGCGGCGUCAACGCUACCGUGGUUCAGGCUAACUUGGCCGCGACCAACGGCAUCAUUCACAUCAUCGACCGCGUACUUGGCAUCCCUUCGUCGACGGUCGACCGCAAAUUGGCCACCGACCCAACUCUCAACAACACCAACUACUUGGGCUCGGCGUCCGGACUUAACGAGCAGCUGGCCGACACCCAAAAACGGUUCACUUACUUCGUGCCAAGAAACAAGGCCUGGGACGACUUGAACGACCAAUCGCCGGCCGUUUACCAAAAAUUGUUCACCCCCGAAUACUCUUACAUUGCCCGUCAAAUUUUGGAACGCCACUUGAUCAUUUCGGACAAGGCAUUCACCAUGGAAGACUUGAGGAGAGAAGCAAACAAUAACUACAACCUGUCUGUGAAACUGCCCACGGUCCGCGACGUUUCCAUGUACAUCAAAGUCAAAGAGUCUUCAGAAGGUUACUCAAUCGAAUGGAGGAACGAGUGGAUCCACGUGCACCGAGCGGACGUGCGCUGCACAAACGGCAUCAUCCACGUGAUCGACAAGGUGUUGCUCGACGAAAGCGAUGUUAACGCAGCAACAGCGAUCAAGGCUGCGACCACCGUGUUGAUGGUCGUGUUGGCCCAGAGUAUCGCGUUCUACUACUUCAACUAGUCAAAUUCCUCCACACCACGUCCCCAGCCAGUGUAGCCGUAGCAGCAGCAUCGGCAGGGGCCAAGUUGAUGCAUCAUCCAUCAUCGUCGUCAUGGCAGCCGCCGCUACCACAGCCGCCGCUCUAUAGUCGUCAAAGUAUCCUACCAACGCGCGUUAUUUUAUAAUAAAACCCGCAGGUUGUCGUCACCAUCAUUCAUCCGACCCCCCCCCCUUCCCCCCACCUUACUCUCAAUAAACUUUCCCGUAUGAUAUGACCCGAUACGGGUUAUUCCCAACAACUCUCUACGUGCUGAUCUACCGAUUUUACCGUCUCCCAUUUGGUUGUCCAUAUCGGUCCCAGUUAAUUUAUACCACUUAACGACAACGAGGAAUUGUCUAUCGCAGUUCCGUAGUUGUCUUGCAAACAUCAAAAACUGGUUUUGUUUUAAAAAUGUAAUUUACAUAUUUUCAUCUACUCUUUAGAUUUUACUCUACGUUACGUAUGUAUGCGUAACUUAUUUUAUGUCCUAUGAUAUAUUUCCAGCAACUUUAUUGUUUAACUUAAGAUUUUUUUUUUUUCCAUUACCUUUAGCUUGUGCCUGAUUAGUGUUGUAUAAACUUACAAUCGUGCAAGUAGAUUUUUUCUACUGCUCAUAAAUUUAAUGAUAGAUGAAUAUGUUGUCCUAUCCCGUAGGGCAGUUCUAUACCAAUUAGAUAGGUAUUAGCUUUUGAAUGCGAUUUUGCUUCUUCAUCCAGCACCUCCUAGCCGCCGCCUAGCUUUAUGCUGUCCCAUGUACCUAUUCUAAAAAUUAAACAUACUUAUAGUUCAAAAAGAAAAAAAAAACAUUUAACAAUUUUAAUUAAUAUAUUUACUCCGUAGCGACUGUAAUGAGAUUGCAAAUCACCUUGUAAUGUCAACAUGUGGUUUUUGUUAAUCAAAAGGAAACGCAUAAAUGAGUCUGAUAAAAAAAAAAAAGAAAUUGCAUAUUCGAGUGCUAAGAAUUGUUUGUUUUAGACCAAAAUAUAUAUUAUUAACUAUUAUUAUUAUGUAAAUACUGAACAUGGUACGACUAUAGGACUUAAAUAUAGUAUAUUUAAAGUAUAAAUAUAUAAUAAAUAAAUUAUAUUAUUACGUACGCCUUUUUUUGAUAGUUCAAAUCGAAACAAACUAAUCGUUAUACAUUAAAUAUAU